UUAUCUAAAGUCACGGAGAGACGUACGCCUAAGAGCAGCCAUUGUUUUGAUGAUGCAACCGCUAUAAGUGAUACUCCAACAUAUAUAUCCACGAAACAUGGACGUUGAACUAAUACAUAUAACGGAUCUUGCAGAUUAUUGAUAUUCAAGCAUCGAAACAAACAGAAAAAGGAAAAUAGGUUACAAUUGUGCUGCACAUACAUCAUUAUUAUAUCUUGCUAGAUCAAGCAAAAAUCGGUCCUGUGAUUCGAAGGUAAAAAUAUGAAGAAACGACGACCACGUGCAAACAACUAUUCUUCUCCACAAAAAUAUUCUCAUACGCACGAACGUUUGCCGACCAGAGCAAAGAGUUCUCAUGAUUCGAAGGGACAAAGCUUCAAACAAAGCUGUUCUAAGCUUCAGCAAAAUGAUGGAUAUUAUGAUAAUAUAUCAUGCUUAAAGAAAGACGCGUUUGCUUCGCUGGAAUCUCUCUUCGACUUGAAGAAACCAUUGAAUUUGCAUGAUGUAUUUCCUUUAGCAUUACAUUGUUACAAACAAAAGUCAGUCAAAAUAUCUAAUGCCACAAAAUCAGAACCUCAUGUAGAAACACUGUUUCUGCAAUCUUUUUCGCCACGGACAACAAACCUCAAGCAGUUUGUUUUCAAGUACGAAAAACAUGAUGGCGUCAAAGUUGAACAAAAUGCAAAAAAUCAGAUAAAGGCAAUCAAAGAAAAAAAAUUUCCGUUGGAAGUGUCGAAAUCGAUGGAAUUUCAACUAAACGAUUUAAUUCACAAUCAACAAAACCGCUCAAGAAAUAUGGCCGAAAACAAAAUAUCAAAUAGCGAAAUACAAGAAGAAGAAAAAGAAGAAAAGAAACUAGUUGAAGAUGUUAUUGUAGACGAGGGAUCUGCUGCAACGAUAGAAGAUCUUAGAGAAGAUCAAAUAAAAACCGAAAAAAAGAAUAAAGAUGAGCGUGAAGAUAAGAAUAAAGAUAAAAAUGAAACUGUAGAAGAUAAAGCUAAUAAAGACAAAGUUGAAGAAAAUAAAACUGAUGACGAAGACAAAGUUGAAGGAAAUAAAGCUGAUGACAAAGACAAAGUUGAAGAAAAUAAAACUGAUAAUGAAGACAAAGUUGAAGGAGACAUUGAUGACAAAAACAAAAGCAAUGAUAAAAAUGAAGAGGAAAUAAAAGAAAAAGUUAAAGAUGGAAAUGAUUUGCCAGAAAAAUUUUCACCCUCUCCUAUCCCACUUGAUGAUGUGGAAGAUGAAGUGAUAAAAUCUAAGGAAUUUGUACAACCAAUAAUCAGUUCACCUCUUUUAACCGAUGACAUAAUCAUAGAAUUAAAAGUAAUGAAUGAGAGAUGCAUUCUGCUAACAGAUGAAAUCCAACAAUUAAAACGUGAAGUUUCUGAAUUAUCGGAGAAACCCGAGUUAACAGAAGAAGAUACGCUAAUGAUUCAAGAGAAACAAGAUGUUCUCACGUCAAAAGUAGCUGAACUGGAGCAGUUGACGCAAAAAUUUCAGAAAGCGCGAGAAGAAGUAGAACGGCUCGGUGAAAUAGAAGAAAUUGAGAUUAAAAAAAGAGACGAAGAACCAUUCAAAAAGAUUCUAGAAGAAGAUCACUUCGAGAUACCGCAAAUACAAUAUCCCGAAGAUAAACUUCCGAGAAUAAUUGUUUGCGGUUACACGGACGUGCUUCCAAAACUCGUGGUAGCGGACACCGAACAGAAAGAAAGAGAAAAGUGUUUUGAAAAGUUAACUGGUAAACUAACAGAGUCGUUAACGAUGCAGGAAAAAUUGGUUAAAGAAAAUGCGCAACUGGAAGGUGGAAAGUACAAGUUAGAAGAAGCCUUAUUAGAAAAAGAUACAGCUCUCGAGAGUUUACAGAGGAAAGUAUGCGGCCUGCAGGCAGAAAUGCGUAUAAUUAUCAAAGAAAAUAUGGAGUUGAGUCGCCAAUUGGCCACUUUGAAUCAGCUAGUGAUUAGACCUACUUGCUGUUACACCUGUCCAGGUGUUACUCCGUCUCCUCCAUCAACGUCGCCGGUAUUAUCCUCGCGUCCACAAGCUAACGCGCAACUCCGGGACGACGUUUACUACCGAUGCAAAUGCUGUUUUCGAUCAUCGUUCACUGACACCCUGUCGCCAACUACAGAAACCGCAUGCAAUUCACCGAGACUUACAGGAGGUGGAUCGCCAAUCGAGGAGCGUUAUCGCACAGAUAGCAACGAUUUGCAAAACGUGGAGAUGUGUUCCCGAGGUCCAACCAUUGUCAAGCCAUUGCUUCCUCGAGAAACAUGUCUCGCAGAAUUGGGAGAUAAACUUGCGACCUAUGGCACUAGCACUAAACAAUUAGAACAACAAUUAGGCAGUAUGGAAACUGAGGUACGUAACAUGCAGAUCGAAUUAGCAAACGUACAACGGGAGCGACAACAACUGGAACAGCAACGUAAAUUGCUCAAAUGUACAGGACCUUGCGCACCGUGCGCUUGUUGCCCACCUCCGACUUCGACAUGCGUAACACCCACUCUGGGACUUCCGUCUAUUUCGUCAAAAGUACCUGCUGUGUCUGCGAUGCCUCUCGCUCAAAUAACUACGCAAGCUGUGCCUCCGAUGUGCCCUGGUUCUUGCACAAACGCAGCCAUGGGAACCAGUACUUGCGCUCAGCAAUUGCGCGAUCUUCGCGAACAAUACGCUCGACUUCAAGAUGAUUAUAAAAGUAAGUUGUGCGAGGUAUCGUGUAUGAGAACAGAAGCGGAGAAGCUCAAGCAAGAUACGCGCGAUGCAAAGGAAGAGAAGGAACGAAUGGAGAUAAAGUUGAUAGAUGUUCAAGAGCGACUAAAGUUUCUAGAAGCGGAAAAGGGAAAACUCGAGGGUCAUAAGGAACAUCUCAUCGAGCAGGAACAGGCUCUGAUGGUGGCAAAGCAACGCUUUCGAGAAGCGCAAGAUGAAUUAGAGGAGCUUCGUUCUUUGAUUCAAGAUCAAGCUGCUCAAUUGGAGGAUUAUCGCAAUAAAUAUUUGCAAGCCCAGCAACAAGUUGAAGAACAGCGCAGACAAUUAGAUCUUAUGGAAAUGGACAAUGCGCGAAUGAAUGAGACUGUUACUUUGGAAAUCGGACGUGUUAAAAAUCAAUUUCAAGAAAAAUUAGCCGAACUUGCACCGUUGCCCGAUAUCUUGAAACAGAUGCAAAUAAAGAUGCAGGACGCGCAAAAGAUGCGCUUGGUCGCCGAACGUAGUUGCGAGGAUCUGUCGCGGGAAUUACUAGGGUGCAAAGAUAAGAUUCAAACCUUGCAAAAUCAAUUGGACGGAUUGCGCAACGAGCAUCAGACACUUCAGGAUGAAAGGGGAUUCGGAUCCGGCAAAUCCGAAGAGAUGGAAAGAAAGUGCAGCGAGUUGCGAAACGAAAACGAAAGAAUAAAAAACACAUUGGCACGAUUUGAGGAACACGAGGCGCAGAUGCAAAAGCGCAUUGACGAGAAAAUGCAUGAGAACACACAGUUGUCAUCGAUGUUAGAACAGGUAAGGGAGGAUUCCGCUCGACAAGUGGCAAGAACAAAGGAGCGAUGCGAAACCAUGCGAAGAUCGAUGCAAGGCCAGAUCGGCGAAAUGGAGAGACAAUUGGCUCAGUGUAGAGCAACAGCACGUGCCGCGCAACGGGAUAGGGACGAGAUCAGGCAAAAGAUGCAAAGUCAAAUAACUAACUUGAACGAGGCAUUUAAACACGCGCAAGGCCGUAUAAAAUCGUUACAAGGUCACGUGAACUACCUCAAGACUUCUUACAGUAAUAUCUUUCUCGGCCAAGGAGAAAUACCGAAAAGUGCUUUGCCGGUAGAUGAUUCGUGCGAUUGCAACUAUUAAAUGUGUGCACAUAAUUUUUCCAUAAUAAUGCUAUAUAUUUUUGUUCAACACAGCAAAAUUAAAAUAUGCUACUCGACGACGCACACAGGCCUUGUUAUGCUUUAUAUAC